AUGGCCGACAAAGCCUGGGGACGCCGAUUGGUCAUUUGUUGCGACGGCACCUGGCAAUCUUCCGUCGGUCUUGAUCAAAACGUACCUUCAAAUGUCACCAAACUAUGUCGACUCGUCGCGCGUGUAGGAACUGACCAGCAUGAUCCGUCGAAGAAAUUCCAUCAAAUCGUGUACUAUGACAGCGGAGUCGGAACCGGAGAUCUUAGUAAAUCCGAGGCAAGACGACAAGGCGGCACAGGCGCUGGGCUCGCGGAGAACGUUAUCGAAGCUUACAACUUCAUCGUUAUGAACUAUGAACCUGGAGACGAGAUAUUCUGCUUCGGUUUUUCUCGCGGCGCGUACACUGCACGAGCUGUCGCGGGCUUAGUCUCGGAUAUUGGCGUCAUCAAACCAAUUCACAUGCAGUCAUUCCCCGAUCUCUACCGAACGUACAUGACCAACGACGAGGGUCUCGAGUUUCGAGAGACGAAGGGCUGGAAAUGGUUUACCGAGGGCAAACUCAGCAAGCAGGGUGAAGAAUGGUCCAAGCAGGGCGUUUCAUAUAAUCACAAGAACCCGCAGCAGCUGGCAGAGUGGUGGGAGAUCAUACCGCACGGCGAGCUUGCAGUCAGUCCAGAGAGUAGGAACGUGAAAGUCGUUGGAGUGUUCGACACAGUCGGAAGCUUGGGUGUCCCGGACGUGUUGGGCAUCAAUCUGGCGUGGAAGAGGACAAAGUAUGGAUUUCACAAUGUGAAACUCACUGAACACAUCGAACACGCAUAUCAAGCACUCGCACUCGAUGAACGGCGCAAACCUUUCCGGCCGACGCUGUGGUACGUCCCAAAGGAGUUGGUAGAUGACCCGAAGAAACCUACUCCGGAACUGAAGCAAGUUUGGUUCCCUGGUGUUCACAUCAAUGUUGGCGGUGGCUCGGAUGACUGCUUUACAGAGAUGAAAGGCGACAAUGAGAAUAUUUCACAGGCUUCCUUGGUAUGGAUGCUGCAGUGCAUUUCGCCUCAUCUCACCAUCGACCAAUCUGCGUUCAACAAUUCCCUAGAACAGUACAAACGCUGGCUUUUCCACAUCCGCUUCGCUUGUACCUACCAUCACCCGACGAAAUGGGAUCGUAUCAAGGCCCAUCUUCCAAAGGUGCCGAUCAUCCCAAUCAUUCAUCCUGCGCGCAGCGAGCUGGACCCGCCGAGACGCGAUCCACCUCACAAGCAUCCAGAGUUCGACUUCAGUUGGGGCACUGGUCCAAUCGUGGACUCGUUCGGGGGCAUAUACCACUUCGUUGGUUCACAUUCACGUCGACCAGGCGGGGAAGACGUCGAGGUCUAUAACCAGGAGGAGGAUGUAUGGUCAUGGGAGCCACUUCGCAGUCUCGGCGAUACCAACGAGUACAUUCACCCCAUCGCCUAUCAUCGCAGCCUCAUAUGUGGUUGGGAGAAGCACUCUCCUCUUCGCAAGGGCUGGACACGCGAGUACCGCAGAGGCGAGGAUGGCAGAGGACGGUACUGGUGGUAUAUGCGCAAAGGUGACGAGACCAUUACCCUACCUGAGUGGGCCAUCCUUCCUGACUUAUCGCAAACACCAAAUUUUGAGCGGGCAUGGUAUGGAAAGUGCGAGAAGACCAAAAGGACUCUCGAUGGCCUGAAGAAGGUGAAGGAGUAUGGUACCAAUGACUUCCUGGCAGUUCUGGACCAGGAUAUUGAUUUUGGAUUCGACGUAAAGCCACAGAAUCUGUGGCCGUAAUAGCUGUAAACUUGUGGUUGUUUGAUAUUGGAGUAAUACUAUACCCGUGCCCUAUGGCUUCUUUGC